GCAUGUAAGCACGGACCAAGACGGGAAGACAGACUUGGCAGUGGGUGCAUUCAUGGUGGCCAUGUAACAAAUACAAGAUAAUGCACGGCAUGAAGGUCGAGUCCAUGUGUGUGAAGUCCGUGUAUCCAUCAUCACUUCUUGGGUGCGGACAGUAGGCUUUCGAGUUGGUCCUUGAGUUGCUUGUUGGUCUUUUUGAGGAACUCCACCUCCUCACCGUGCUUGGACUCCUCCUGCCACGCACACAUCAAUCAAACCCAGCGAUUCACACCAACACACACAUGACUGACAGAGACACCAGCAACUGAUGCCACCUCGCCUCUCUACCUCUGCCACUCUCUCUGCUUUUUUCUCUCUCUCUCUCUCUCUGUGUGUGUGUGUGUGUGUGUGUGUGUGAGGUGGUUUCCACCUGACCUCUUGUCGUUUCUCUUCAUAUGACUGUUCCACCUGGACGAUCUUCUGCUGGAGCCUCUCGACCUCCUCCUGCAGGUCCUUGUUCGUCUGCAUCAACCCCUUGAUACGGUCGUCGUGCACCGUGCGUCGCUGCUCCGCUUGCAGCGCCUGCAGAGAGACAGACAGACAGACACACACAAACAGAGAGGGAGGAGGGAGACACCAUCCGCCCGCCCCCAAGGGAAAAGGAAAAGCCUCCGCGUCCAUUUCUCUGCCUGACGCUGACCUUGCGCAUGCCGAAGGCGAUGGACGACUCAUACAGCGACUGGUAGGCCGCAAUGGUCAUGCGAAUCUCAUCCCGCACCCGCAGCAGCAAGAGGCCCCUCUCCGCACAGAUGAUGGUCACCUGGCGGAUGAGCUCGUCGAAGCACUGGGCAUAGAGCUCCUCCCGGAUGGGGCAGAUGCCCGUCUCCCGCGCCUGCCGCUGCUGCAGCCGCUUGUCCAGCUCCUCCUGCAAAUUGAUGACGUCCGAGCGUGUGGCGGGAGUGCUCGAGACGUACUGCACCCACAGCUGGUCGUCCUCGGUCCAUUCGCGGGGCGGGAGGAUGGAGUUGAGGAUGUCCUCCGUCUGGGAGGUGUUCGGCGGCUUCUCCACGGGCUUGGCGGUGGCGCCCUUCUUGCCUUUGCCCUUCUUGUCUUUGGAGGACGUGCUCACCAGGAUGGGCGUGUUGUACUUGAUCAGAGACGACUGCAUGUUGACUGACUGAUGGGCGGAUGGCUGGAGG